GCCUCCGCUGUGAGGCUCGUUUGAAGCGGAGAGCAGCACCCGGACCCCCCGAGCACCAGCACCACCUGUCCGCCGCAGACCACCGGACACAUCCCGCCGCCCGUGUCCCGAAGGACCGCCCCAGUCCCCGGUAUGUGUGAGCCGGAGCGGGAGAGCUGACGUCAAGGUUGAGAGAGAGCGAGAGAGAGCAUCACCGGGGGAUAUAUAAGGUGGUCCAGGACGGUCCGGAUCCCAAACUGCCAGAAAGUCUGAAGGUGAAUGAGAGCUGCUGAUUCAUAACAGGCUGACGCACUCCAGCGGAGCCUGCUGCUCUCCUCACUCCUCCUCCUCCUCCUCCUCUUCACUGCUCACCGACUCCACCUCAGCUCCCAGGUAACCUGCGGGCGGUGCUCAGCACGCUCCAGAGCCUCCGAGCAGACGGGCUGAAUCAGGAGCUUCAGGCAGCGGCGAUCCCCGGAGGCUCUGUAAGGGAAGAAGGUCAACUUCUCCAAUCCUCAGAGGAAACCAUGCUCAUACGGCUCCGUCAUGACGGCGCUGCAACAACAGUCCCCCACCAGCGCUCCCAGCGCACGCUGGUCCCGGUCCCGGUCCUGGCCCUGCUCCUCCUGGUCUGGCCCCUGGGCCGGGUUUCGGGGCAGGGGGAAAGCCAGACCCCGUCGCCCACUCAAGUGCUGGAGGACUUGCUGGCUCGCUACGGGGAGAACAGCACCAUCUCUGUGCCUCAGCUGCGCUCUCUGCUAGCAGUGCUCAGCCAGGGGCAGGGGGAUGGCGACAGCAACGGCAGCAACAUGGCAGAGACGUCCGUGACCACCAUGCCCCCCAAAUCCAACAGAUCCAAGUGCUUGCCUGCAGACACGCUGGCGAUCUACAGCAUGAGCGAGCAGUCCCGGCUGGACGGGCGGGGUCUGCAGGAGCUUUGUCCCACCAUGCUGCAGCAGCUGGACGCCGGCACCUGCAGGACUCAGAAGCAAGACGACGAGAGCAGCGACACCUCUCCCAGGCCCUCAGACGCCGAAGUGUGGGGCUUCUCCCUGGCCAGCGUCACAGUGAUCAAUGCCUUCUCCCUGACUGGAGUCUUCAUCGUGCCCCUGAUGAAGACGCGCUUCAUGAAACACGUGCUGGGCUUUUUCAUCGCUCUGGCCAUUGGCACCCUGUACUCCACAGCUGUCCUGCAGCUCCUGCCAGAGGCGUUUGGCUUUGAUCCUAUGGUGGAUUUCUAUGUGUCCAAGUCGGCCGUAGUAUUCGGAGGCUUCUACCUCUUCUUCUUCACUGAAAAGGUGCUGAAAGUGCUUCUCAAGCAGAAACACACGAACCACGGCCACAGCCAUUUCCCGCACACCGAUCGCUACUCGACGCCCGACAGGGACGUGGAGGAGAGCGAGAAGGAGAAGCUGCAGCAGAACGGCGAGGCGAGCAGCCUGGCUCUGGGCAAGGUGGACGCAGGAGAGGGCGAGCUCAUGCUCAGCCCCGCGCAGACGCCACAGGACUCUCAGAGCCCAGACAGCGGCGGUGGAGGCUGCUACUGGCUGAAGGGCACCACCUACUCCGACAUCGGCACUCUGGCCUGGAUGAUCACGCUGAGCGACGGCCUGCACAACUUCAUCGACGGCCUGGCGAUCGGCGCCUCCUUCACCGCCUCCGUCUUCCAGGGCAUCAGCACCUCGGUGGCCAUCCUGUGUGAGGAGUUCCCCCAUGAGCUGGGAGACUUCGUGAUCCUGCUGAACGCCGGCAUGAGCAUCCAGCAGGCGCUGUUCUUCAACUUCCUGUCCGCCUGCUGCUGCUACCUGGGCAUGGGCUUCGGCAUCCUGGCCGGCAACAGCUUCUCCCCCAACUGGAUCUUCGCCCUGGCGGGGGGAAUGUUCCUCUACAUCGCGUUGGCAGACAUGUUUCCAGAGAUGAACGAGGUGAGUCGUGAGGAAGAGGAUGCCGGCGGCAGCAGUUUCCUCCUGACCUUCGCCAUCCAGAACGCCGGCCUGCUGACGGGCUUCUCCAUCAUGCUCCUGCUCACCACGUACUCCGGGCAGAUCCAGCUGGGCUAGCGGCGGCUUUCCCUGAACCCGCCGCCGCCCGGCCGAGACAGAGACGCAUCAGACGCUUUUCUUGUGCUGUUGAACCCAAACCGAACUGGAAAGGCUCUCUAUUUCUGGAGCACGGAGGAGUUCUGGGUGUUUCGGACGUGCGGCAGGUACGCACUCCUCCGAGCAGCCGCUUCCUCUUAGUUCUCACAUGCAGUAGAUUUGAGGCGGAGCAACGUUCCCCUCGCCGCCGCUCCCCAUGAACGUCCGGAGAACAGUCGACGGGGCGUCGCAGCUUCACAGAACGUGACGUUUAGUCGUCAUCCAGACGCUGCUGCCACUGCCCGAGUCAUCCUGAGAGAAGCAGAGCCUCGCAGCUCACCCAUGUGCUUCAUGUUUUAUAGAAGGAGUCUUUAAUCUCAGCUUUUCACUGAUCUGCUUCACCUUCAGCCAUUCGAUCUGCCGUUCUGACAUUUUUCUGUAGACAUUGUUUAUUGGGAUGAUUUUUGUAAAACAUGAAGCAGAUCUGUGAGCGAGUGCUGUGAGGCCGCUCUUCUCUUCACCACACCUCCUCCCCCUCUCCUCCCUUCCCUCUCUCCAGUCCAUCCAUCCCGGGUGAGAGUGUGUGGCGCCCCGUUCAGUCCUGCUCCCCGUUACUCACACCCCAGGAGUGUGUGUUGUCAGAAAGCCCUAUUUUUCUUUCAUGUGUCCACAAAGCCUUUUCCCCGGACUGUGGUUAGUCCAGGUACUGGUCAAGAUCAUUCGUUCGUUACUCGUUCGUCGAUCGUUAUUCCGCAUCAUAUACGGAAACUUCCAGUAACGUUGAGCAGGACUGCCUGUCUGACCCUCUGAAAAGCACAAUCAGGUGACGGCUGCUGUUUCUCCGACUCCUCCAGUCUUUCUCAUCUGCUCUUUGUCUCAUUCCAUACCAAAAAGACUUUUUUCUGGACCUGAACUGGAAUUAUUGUUUUCAGUGAACUGAUUUUGUGUUUUGUCUUGAUUUUAUAAUGUUAUGAUUUCCCCCCCCCCCCCCAACACGUGAGAGAAAAGAUGUUCAAAGACCAAAUCCUGGCAGGCCACUGAGAUGGGAGAAUGGCUGCUCGUCGUCCUCCUCUCGGUCCUCGCCACGCCAGUAGAACUCGUCCGUGAACCCUCGGUGGAGCGAGUGACGCGGCAGAGAGGAGUUUGACCUCAGUCUGCCACACCUGCCCGUCAUUAGCAUAACGCGGAGUCCUCAUCGCCUUGCUGGCACACAAAGUGCAACCCUGUGGUCUUCAGACAUCCCAAGCGCUGCAUCUUCUCCACAGUUCACUACAGUGGAGUCGCAGUUUCAACAGAAUACUGUAAACAGGAUUAUAUGAAGUCGCCUCAUCUGUGACCUUAAACCUGCUGUUUAGGUUAUCUGCUAGGUCUGCUGUUUGACUUGGAGUGACCAUAAACUUCAGAUCAUUUGAUUUUUUUGUUUGUUUGUUUGUUCUGGGACUGCUUUCCAGGACUUGAGCUACUUCUUUUCAGUAUUUUCAUUAUAUUUACAAAGAAAAGUUCAAACCAGACUUUCGAAUGAAAAGUGAAGUGGACCACAGAUCUCACGGUUUAGACUGAAAAUGGUUCUCAGGGUGGAACUUCUAGAAACGCUGGGUGACACUCGGGCAACGGUUGUACGAGAACAUUUCAAGUUUUUGUGUUUUAAUUUCAGAGAAGUUACACGUUUAUGCAGCAGCGUUUGGAAAACCAUGUCCAUUGCCAUCGAAACGGUUAGGGGAAACGGUGCGGUUAGCAUGUCGGUCCACGUGGCGGCGCUGUAAUGAAACCACACACACACACCCACACACACCCACACACACACACACGAUAGCAGAGCCCAGAGCGUCUUCGAAAAGUUCCACCUUGGAAGCCUUUUCCGAAAAUUGGAGUUUUCAGUGACUUAUUAGCUGAUUGCCAAAACGCAACAGAGGUUUUGUGCUUGUCUUGAAACGGUUGCCCUGGUGUUGCUGCGUGUCAGGUUGACGGUUUGCUGCUCUUCCACAUUUCCCCCCUCAGACCGACAUGACGCACAGCCAGUGCAGAGUGAAGCUGUGGAUUAUUGUUUACUGGGAGUUGAAACGACGACCUGUUGUUGAAUCUGCUAUUCCUGGAGAACGUGAGCCAUCCAAGCAUGGGAUUAUUUAUUGCUCUCUAAGCCAUCAAAUAUUUAUUUUUAUGCUUUACACCCAAUACAGAGUUAAGCUUUACACUACAAGCCAUCAAGUCCAACAGGUUUUGUCUCUUGUUUUUGUUUUUUUUGUUGUUUCUUAGUUGUCAUUUAUCUUUAUUUGGAGUGAAUGGGAGGGAUGGUGAAACGUGUGCUGUGGAUCCUCAUCCGCAAUCUUGCAUUGCGUCUGUUUUGUUUUAAUAUAUUUUCAUAAUUUUCUUAUAAUCGGACCAUUUUGGGGUUUGUUUGUUUUCUACCCACCCUGUAGCAUUUCAAAUGAGUGUAACUUUGUUCCACUCCUUCCUUCAGCACGUAGAUCACCUACCUGCUGCCGUUAAUGAAGCGUGUCUUUUCUUUCUUUUAUCAUUUCUAAGCAAAUUAUUUUCUUCCAAACAUGAAGAAUUCAGAGUUGUUCGGAUUGGGACCCGUGUCGACGCACUCGGACAGCAUUUCAGGUUCGUUUCAGGUUCUCUGAACAGACGAUGCCAGUGGAAUCAACCAGUAGGCCAGUGGAGGACUUUCUGGAGAUUAGCAAGUUUUGAUGCUCUCUCAGCCUUGUAAGGAUCUCUUCUGAAAGGAGCUGUACCCUGUGUAACUAAUGAGAUUCCUCUUUAGCCUUCUGUGUGUCAUCAAAGGAAAAGUUUUUAUAAACGUCUUUUUUCCAAGAAAAUU